AUGGCGGAAGCGUUUACACUCCAUAAGAUGCGCCCGUCGGAGCGCUGCGACGAGUGUCCCACGCGCAAAUGGUACGAGGUGGACGGUAACCGCUUCUGCAAGAACGGCCACCAGCUCGAGGGCUAUGCGCCGCACGAAGCAGGAGAGGACGAGUACAACAGCACGGGUCGCGUCACUAGGGUCAAGAAGGAGAAGAGGAAACGCGAGGGUCUCAAGCUCGAGGGCAAAGAGGGCAGGAGGCUCUACCUCCAGGCUCUGCAGUAUGUGCUCAGACGACAGACGGAGUGGGUGCGCGACGUGGGGUUGAAGUUGGACGACGAUCUGAGGAGGAUGGAGUACGAAAGGGUGGUCAGAGAACUCUGGGCUGCCCUCUACGCCACGCCGGGCGUGAUGGACGAGGAGGAGGCGGCGGAAGCGGCGGGUUCCGGGACAGAGGGCGACGUGGUGGCCAGCGCCAGCGAACUCGAGGAUAGCGAUGCGGAUAGCGGCAGGAGGCGUAACGGCUGGUUGGAGAAGAGAGGCAGCAAGCUGCCGAGCCAUACGCAUGCUCUGGCGCUCUGCUACCUGGCGUGCGUCAUCCUGAGGUACCCGGUUACAACGGCUGACUUCCACGGCUGGGCUCAGAGGGGCGAUCUCGAUUACCUCGCGGCCAUCCACAGUCUUCCCGUCAAUGUGCAGAAUCGCCUGCCGGCCAUGUAUCACCGCGCUCUACAGGUCAGAGACCACAUCAAGCCUGGAAAGCUGCUGUCCACGGCGCAGGAGUUGGUGGUCGCACUGAGCCUGCAGUACGAGGGGCUUCGAUUUCCAGCUCUAAACCACACGCCGGUCCUGCUGCAUUACAUACUGAGCUUGACUUUGCCGAUUGACGUGUUUCUGAUGGUCAAGUGCCUGAUUGGGGUCUUGGAGGCAACAUUCGAUUUUCCCAACGGAGACAGCAAGCGGAUUCGAGCGAUGGACAACCCGGAAGUUCUACUGAUUACGCUGGUCGUCGUUGCUACGAAACUAUUGUAUCCGAUGGACGGCAAUGAUCGGCCGCCGGCCAGCGAGGAUGAUCCACAUGUCAAGCAGAUCGAUUGGGCAGAAUGGCAGAAGAUGAGGGCAAAGGCGAGCAACAAGCCAGCCACGGAAACACUGGAGAAGGGUACAGAACAUCGAAUCACUUCAAAUGAUGCAUUGAUAAUGGAAAAGAACAAGAUGGAUGACUUCAUGGACUGGUUUGAUAAAAUGUGGGUUGGAAGUACCGACGUCGAGGCUGGUGCACCUGCAGCCAUCCAACGCGCGUUCGAAAGCGGCGAGAACCACAACGCCAAAACAUCUAGACACGAAGCAAACGCUUCCACUACUGCCGACGUGACGACUGCUACUACAAACACCCUCAAACGCCAAUACCAAAGACUGAACGAAACGAUGAGAGUCCUGGAACCGCAGCCGGAUCCGCAACCCGUCAAGGGCAACACGAGGAAACGGCCGGACCGGGACUUCUGCCCUACGUGGCGAACGGAAGAAGAUCUCCCGGCAACUGCCAAAGCCCUCUAUCGAGAGGCAGCGGAUCUGGCGGCCAUACCGCUGAAAUCGUUGAUCGUUGCCGGGCUACAGGUCGAAAGACGGCUGGAGAUCUGGUCGGCGCAGCGGGAGAAGCAGAAGCGGAGGACCGGUGAAGUGGCUGAAGACGCGAAGGGCAAGGGGAAAGCAGUCAUGUGA